GUCAUGGCGUCCGGGGGGCUCGGCGGGAUCGUGGCCGCCGAGGGGAUGGAGCCGGCCAAGGGGAAAGACGCUGACCCUGCAGGCGCUGAGCAUGCCGGCAUCGGCAGCGAAAGCAGCAGCAGCGAGAGCGGCUCGUGUGCCACUUCGCUGUCCGCAAGCUCCGAUGACCUUGAGCCUGAAUGGUUGGAUGAUGUGCAGAAAAAUGGAGAAUUAUUUUAUUUAGAAUUGAGUGAAAGUGAAGAAGAGGCUCUGCUGCAGAACAGCUGUCCAGAACUGCCAGCAGUGAAUCAUGUCAGGUUUCGUGAAAAUGAAGCUGAAGUUAUUCAAGAGGGAUCACGAAAAGAAAGAAAGUAUGAACUGAAGAAAUUGACCAAAAUAUUAAAAAAGAAGAAUCUUUUGCCAAAGCAUUCUGGUAAGAAAGGCAGUGGAAGCUGUAAUGUGCACUCCACUGGCCCUACUUCCAUCCUGAAACACCAGUCCACUCAGAAAAUGGGUGUGACUGUUCAACAAAAAUACAAAGAUGUGUGUGUCUAUGUAAAUCCCAGAAAACUGAACAGUGCUGGAGAAGAUGAGCAGCACAGGCUGCUGGAGGCUUUAGUAGGGAUUGUCCAUCAGUCUUCAUGGAACAGCAGAAGGGCAGAAAAACAAGGCAGGAAGGAUAAAGUCACCAGAGGAAUCAGUGAAGAGAAGCUUGUUGUUCAUGGCUUGGUGCCAGGUAGCUCAGCGAUGAAAACAGGUCAAAUCUUGAUCGGAGAUGUUCUAGUUGCUGUAAAUGAUGUUGAUGUGAAUUCUGAAAACAUAGAAAGGGUUUUGUCUUGCAUUCCAGGCCCUAUGCAGGUUAAACUCACACUCGAAACAUCAAUAUUUGAGCCCGAAGAAACUUCUCAGCAAAGGUAUAAACGGGCACAGUCAAGCAUGAACAAUCUGGUUCGGCUCUUGUGGGGAGAAGAUAGGACAGACCUUCAACACACUGUGCAAGAUGUGCCUCACAUUGUUAUGUUGCUCACAAUGAAGUUGGACUCGGAAACAUCUAAGGAUGAGCAAGAAAUUCUUUAUCAGUACCCCAUAUCAGAAGCAUCCCAAAAACUGAAAAGUGUGAGAGGAGUAUUUCUCACACUCUCUGACAUCCUGGAAAGUGUUACUGGUACCCAGAUUAUCAGUUCUUCCCUUUUCUUGUGUGAAAAACUAGUUCAAGUUGUUUACUGGAAAGAAUCUGACAAGUUGCUUGUAAUUGGCCUUCCUGAAGAAAAUGUUCCGCUUCCUCAGCUGAGAAACAUGCUUGAAGAUGUUGUCAGGACCUUGAAGUUUAUGUAUGGUUCUUUAGACAAUGCCUUUUGCCAGGUGGAAAAUGUUUCUCGCCUGGAUCAUUUUUUCAACCUGUUCUUCCAGCGUGCACUUCAGCCUGCGAGACUCAGGUCGAGCGGCAGCCCCAGCGCUCAGCACUACGAUACCUGCAGUGCCUUAUUCUGUGACAGUCUGCCUGGCCUGCGCUGGCUGACCUUGCCUCAGGAAAUCAAGGUGGAAGUUGACACAGCACUGAGUGACCUGGAAGCAGCUGACUUUGCAGAGCUGUCUGAAGAUUAUUACAACAUGAGAAGAUUAUAUAUGAUUAUGGGCUCUUGUCUCUUCUACAAGGGUUACUUGAUUGGCACUCACUUGCCAAAGGAAGAUCUUGUUGAUAUAGGUUUGUAUUGUCGGCACUAUUGUCUGUUACCCUUGGCAGCAGAGCAGAAGAUUGGUCAGUUAGUGAUAUGGCGAGAAGUGUUUCCACAGCACCACAUCCAACCAUGUGACAUUUCAAGUUUUACAGGAUACAGGGAACCUGAAGCAAGAUACUUUUUACUGAUAGUUGGCUUGAGACACUUCAUGCUGUGUGUCCUGCUGGAGGCAGGAGGCUGUGCAUCAAAAGCUGUUGGGAAUCCAGGACCAGACUGUAUAUAUGUAGAUCAAGUCAAAGCCACUAUACUUCAACUGGAAGGCAUAGAAGCUAGCAUUGAGGAAAGGCUGGAUUCUCCUUCUGUUCCACCUUUAGCUUGUGCUGACUCAUUCCUUCCUGCUGCACGUGACAAACUGGAGAUCUUGACCACCUCACCCAUCCUAAGUAAGCUACAAAAUACUUCCAAAUCAGUAACCACUCCAGCAAGCAAAAGGACUCUGUUUGGUGACUCUUCCUUAACGACACGUAAGCCAAGCCCUACAAGAAGCAGUGGAGGACCUGACCACGGUAAUGAAGCUCCUGUGGAAGAUGAAAGCAGUAAUCCACAGUCUUCCAUAGAUCAGGCCACUAGAAAAAAACAUACCUUACCAAACCCCUUUCAUUUAGGAAGCCUCAAAAAGAACCUCUCAGAGAAAGAUACAGAACUUCUAAAUGCUAUCAAGUUGACAUCUGGUCCUGAGAAUACCCUCUUCCACUACCUAUCUCUGGAAACCAUGCAAGGGAUCUUUAUUACUCCAACUCACAAAGAAGUAGCACGGCUCGGUGGCUCCAUCCACCCACAGCUGAUUGAGAAUUUCCAUCGUUGCUGUCUCUCGAUUCGUUCUGUUUUUCAGCAGUCCAUGAGGAAAGAGAAAAUGAAAAAAGCAGGCAGUGGGACUUCAGAAUUUAGUAAGGCAGCUGAGGAGCAGGAUCUGAUAACAGAACACGGCGUUUUGUUUGAGUGCUCUCCUGAUAACUGGACCGAUCAGAAGAAACCACCACCAACAAUGAGUUACUGGGUUGUGGGGAGACUCAUUCUACAUCCAAAACCUCAGGAGUGUUAUGUCUGCUUUCAUGACUCAGUCACAGAAGCUGCCGUUGAGCUGGCCUUCAAACUUUCCUUUGGCUUAGCUACAUAGAUGAACUUCCUGAACAUUCAACCAUCCUGCAGGGUGUUGUCAUCUCUUUGAUGUACUUCAAUAUAAAGAGUAAUUAACCCAGUGGUGGUGCCCACCCAUGGUAUAUCUUUGAAAUGCUUUCAGAAAAGAAAUAGAUCUACCUUGUGGUAUGACACAGGGAUGAUCAACUUUGUGAUCUCAUCAACUGAAGACAACCAAAGUUCUUAUUUUUCUAUAUUGUCAAGUUAUUUAUCCUGAUCAUAACUUUACUAUAUGAAAACAUCACAUAAUUUGUACUGCUGUUCAGUAUAUCAUAUGCAAUGUAAAAUUUUAAGUAGGUAUCUUCAGAGUACUCUCUGACAACCUGGUAGCUGAUGAUAGAGACAAGUUGUGGGGUUUUUUUCCCGUCAGAACAGAAAGAAAUCUUUUAGCCAAUUUAUGGCACUUAGCCACACAAAACUAAGGACUUACCAUUUCUGCCAGUAUGGUCUCCUGCACACUCAAGCAAUAUAGUAUAGUUGGUAUUUUAAUUCAUGAGUUUUUACUAUACAUAAUACUUCUAUUUGUAAAAAUGCAGUUUUGAAGGCACAGAAG